AUGUAUCGGAUCAGUUCGCAUCCCGCUUGUUCUGUUAUCUCUAUCCUCCCAGGGCGACUGGAUGAGGAGAGUUAUACAGCCUCCAAACGACACUCUGAUCUAUCUAUCUAUCUAUCUAUCUAUCUAUCUAUCUCUCUAUAUAUAUAUACGAAAAGCAGCUAUCUAUCUAUCUAUCUAUCUAUCUAUCUAUCUAUCUAUCUAUCUAUCUAUCUAUCUAUCUAUCUAUCUAUCUAUAUAUAUAUAUAUAUAUAUAGAGAGAGAGAGAGAGAGAGAUCUAUCUAUCUAUCUAUCUAUCUAUCUAUCUAUCUAUCUAUUAGAUAUAUAAUUACCUAUAUCUAUCUAUCUAUCUAUCUAUCUAUCUCUACCAUCCUUACAGCAGAAUCCGAUAUCCAAGCAAUUCUAUUCAUAGAACUUACAGUCGAAAUACACAUCCAGACAAGCAUUAAGCUACUAAUUUUCUAUCUAUCUAUCUCCGUUUGUCCAUAUCUAUCUAUCUAUCUAUCUAUCUAUCUAUCUAUCUCAGUUUGUUCACUACUAUCUAUCUAUCUAUCUAUCUAUCUAUCUAUCUAUCUAUCUAUCUCCGUCUGUUCAUAUCUAUCUAUCUAUCUAUCUAUCUAUCUAUCUAUCUAUCUAUCUAUCUAUCUAUCUCCGUCUGUUCAUAUCUAUAUAUCUAUAUAUCUAUCUACAAAUUUUCCCAGUAGAGAUAUUAAUGAAUCAUUCAGAUUUUAUACUUACAAAGAAGAACAUUUCGCUCCAAAUUUGAAAAUUAGGAAGUUACUGUAA